ACUAUGCCGGAAUCUCUGUCUAAUGCAGAGCUCUAUACGAUCGUUUGGAUUGCAGCCCUCUACAUUGAGCGUGCGGCAGCCAGCAUAUUGCUUGACCAUCGCCAUGAUGCUCCGCAAGGCUUCGAACAGCAUCCAUCAGAUACGAACUCGUACUCUUGGGGACGGAUGGGAAAGCACAACAUCGUCAUUGCCUCGCUUCCUGCAGGGCAAUAUGGAACCGUAUCUGCUGCGACAACCGCAUCCAACUUAGCAGCUUCGCUGCCUCACCUUCGCUUCGGCUUGCUGGUUGGCAUCGGCGGUGGAGUUCCCCGCCGUUUGGACAUUCGCCUUGGCGAUGUUGUUGUCAGUCACCCCGAGGGAACUUCAGGUGGGGUAGUCCAAUAUGACUUGGGAAAAGCAACUGUCGGUGAGGUGUGGGAACGGAAAGGCUCACUGAAUGCCCCUCCGACGGUGCUUUUGAGCGCCUUGGCGAACUUACGGGCAGAGCAUGAGAUAUCCGGUACCAGGAUUCCAGAAUUUCUUCAAACACUGCAAACGAAAAAUCCCCCCAAGCUGGAAUCUUGGAUGUAUCAGGGGGCCGAGCAGGACCGGCUUUUCAUGCCUGCUUAUACUCAUACCAGCAGCAAGACCUGCGAGAGCUGCGAUGAAGCAUUUGAGAUUACUCGCAGUCGACGCUCUUCACACGAUCCAGAGAUUCAUUACGGCAUCAUCGCUUCCGGCAAUGUCCUAGUGAAGGACGCGGCAACUCGGGAUGGUGUGGCAGAUGUUGUUGGAGAGCAGUGUGUUUGCGUAGAGAUGGAGGCUGCUGGACUGAUGCAGAGCUUCCCAUGCCUUGUCAUUAGAGGCAUCUGUGAUUAUGCCGACUCUCACAAAAACGAUCGAUGGCAGCGGUAUGCAUCCGCCACAGCCGCUGCCUAUGCCAAAGAGCUUCUCGACUACAUUCCAAUUCGACAGUUGAAUGCUACACCACAGCUGGCUCAACGCUUGAAUCCGGAAUGUUUAAAAGGUACUCGCGUUGAGCUUCUCGACGAAAUUAAUGAAUGGGUUAAGGAAUCGAACACGAAGUCUAUUUUCUGGUUGAACGGCAUGGCAGGGACUGGAAAGUCCACGAUAUCUCGAACACUCAGUCGGAGCUUCCAUGAGCUUGGCCACUUGGGAGCCAGCUUUUUUUUCAAGCGAGGCGAGGGCGACAGAGGCAACGCUUCAAAGCUGUUCACCACCAUGGCUAGGCAACUUGCCAUCAGACAUCCCGACUUAGCUAUCGAGAUCAAGAAGGCAAUCGUCGCCGACUCCACCAUCGGGAACAAGGGACUGCGACAGCAAUUCCUGCAUCUAAUUUUGGAACCAUUGAAAACAGCCACAUCGAAAGCGAGAGCGCAUAAGCCUGUUAUACUAAUGAUUGAUGCUCUUGAUGAGAGCGAGCAAGAUGACGAUAUCAGAGCAAUCAUCUCACUCCUGAGCCUGUCGCGGGGCACGGCGUUAAAAACGUUUAUUACAAGUCGCCCAGAGCUACCGAUUCGCCUCGGCUUUUCGCCAAUCAAAGAGGAAUAUCGCGAUAUCGUCCUUCAUGAAGUCCCACCACCUAUAAUGAAACGAGAUUUGCGCCUCUACCUAAACUACCAGUUGGAAUCGAUUCGUGCUGAAUAUAAUGCUCUAGCACAGGACGACGAAGAUGACAAGCUCAUACAGGAGUGGCCUUGUGUUCCAGACUUCAACAAGCUCCUGGAAAUGGUGACUCCGCUUUUCAUCUUCGCCGCUACCGUUUGUCGUUUUCUCGGUGACCGUCGAUGUGGACAUCCUGAUGAACUGCUGCAGGAGGUAUUGCGGUUCCAAACAAGGAGCCAGGAAUCCAAACUCGACAUGACAUACCUUCCCGUGCUUAACAGACUGGUUAAGGACUUGUCUAAUAAAGACCGGCAUAGACUUGUUGAGCAAUUUAAAACCAUUGUUGGCUCUAUUGUGGUGCUCGAGAGUCCACUCUCCCCUGACACAUUGGCUAAGAUACUCGAUAUCCCAAAAAGAUCUAUCACAAGUCUACUGAGUAUGCUUCAUUCGGUAUUGGGUGUACCACAGUCAACCAUGUCUCCCAUGAGGCUGCUGCACCUCUCAUUCCGAGACUUCCUGUUAGACUCCGAGAAGAGAGGGAGUGAGUUUUGGGUUGAUGCGACCCAAACCCACAAUCACAUUGCAACAAAUUGUUUACGGGUCAUGAACAACUUCCUUCGAGAGGACAUGUGUGGUCUAAGGUUAUCCGAAAUGGAGGGUUCAAUAAUCCAUCAUGAUAAGGUCGACACAUAUAUCCCGUCCGAGGUUCAAUAUGCCUGCCUGUACUGGGUGUCUCAUCUCCAAAGCGGAGCAGACCAUGUCGACCACCUUGACAAUGUGUUGGACUUUCUACAGUCUCACUUUCUACAUUGGGUCGAGGCUUUGAGUAUCAUGCGACGAGCAAGAGAUAGCUUCUCUAUGCUUAGAAAGUUGGAGAGACUCAGCAGAGAAAAGUGCCACAACACCUUGACUGCGCUUCUGGUCGAUGCCAUUCGGAUUGUUCACUAUAACAGCGUGAUUAUCGACAAGGCGCCCCUUCAACUUUACUCCUCGGUUCUUAUUUUUGCCCCACAGAACAGUAUCAUUAGGGACAUAUUCCAAAAGGACAUGCCUCAUUGGAUCACAAUACGUCCCCGGACGGACGAAGACUGGGACCCAUGCUCUUAUGUAAUUGGAGAUCUGGGACAGGGGAGUAAAAUCGCAUUCUCGCACGAUGACGCGUUCAUUGUGUCAAAUCUGGACAGCGGAACACUUCGACUUUCGCAGACCGAUACAGGCUCGUGCGUCCGAUAUCUCGAGGGCCACGCGGAUCGUAUCGGCUCCGUAAUCUUUUCACACGAUUCUUCUCUCUUGGCGUCAAUCUCAGUUGAUGGAAAUCUCCGGAUAUGGCGAACUGAGACAGGCGAAUGCAUCCAUAGUCUCGAA